UCCCUAAAUAAACCGAGAAUGAAACGAAGCUUGAGAUCUUUAUUCUAUUUUACAUGGGAGGAGUAAAAAAGAAAUCUAACCUAAUCUAAUCUACUGGUUCCUGCUAGAAUCCAUUUCACUAUUUUUAUUUGAUUACAUUUGACAAGCCUUGUAGUGGCAAAUUGUAUAUCUAAAGAAGUCGAAAUAUCUCUCAUGUUGAAUAUCUAGCUUUGUGGAAACUUCAAGGUUUAACCGCGUUCAUUUUUGUGUGCAAACGUCGUCUGUUUCCCGAUCGGAAAACAACGGUUUACUCUUGAUCCUCGAUUGAAAUCGAUUAACGAAUACGAUUGGUGAUUGAUGUGCAAAGAACAGGAACCACUUUUGGAAUUCCGACAGGUGGUUGCCUAAGCUCUGAUCCACAAUCAAAUAUAUUGAACAAUGGUUGACUACUACAAAGUGCUCGAAGUGCAACGAACUGCUACUAGCAGUGACAUCAAAAAGGCGUAUAGAAAGUUGGCCUUGAAAUGGCACCCGGACAAGAAUCCAGACAAUUUGGAAGAAGCGAAUAGAAAAUUCAAGGAAAUCUCUGAAGCUUAUGAAGUAUUAAGCGACGAUGUGAAGAGACGUACUUAUGAUCAACGCUUAUAUCAGAAGGCGGCAUCAAGGCCUGGUCGUGGGUUCACCUUCCGGAGUUUCUUUGAUUCUCCCUUUCAACGAUACUUUGAAAAGAAAAGACGAGUUUACGAUCAAUAUGGCAAAGACGGUCUUCAAAUGCCUGGAGGUAAACGGCGCCAUGGAGAUGAUUUCGAUCCGCACUUCUCUGGCACAUUUGUCUUUAGAGAUCCCGAGGAAGUAUUUAGAGAAUUUUUUGAUGGUAUGCCAUUCGAAGAUUUGUUUUCCGGUUUUCAUGGUGGCAGUUCCCGGAGAGGAGGUGCAAAUAGACAUAAUUAUUCUACUAGUAACAGUCUCAGUACUUCUUUCUUUGGCCCUUUUGGAUUUGGAUUCCGCUUACCGUUUGAUGAUUUACUGGAGAACGCCGGUGCUCCUACAAAUUUCACUUCCUUCGGUACUUUCACCAGUUUCGACGGAAUGAGUGGCGGCACUUCCAUGAAACGUACCAGCACCUCGACUCGUUUCAUUGACGGAAAGAAAAUUACGACUAAAAAAGUUUAUGAGAAUGGAAAAGAGACGAUAAUGUCCUACGAAGAUGAUAUACUCAAGUCAAAGACGGUGAAUGGCGUACCACAGUCAAUAACGUUCGACGAAGCAUCGACGAGUCGUCAAGUCUGUGAGAACAUCAACGAUAACACGAUGGGUAGCCAUAGCUCGAACGCGACACACAGCGACUAUCUAAAAGCUAGCAGAAUAAAGACGCAUCACCAUCCGCACACGUGUAAGAAGCAUGAUAAAAGUAAGAGGAAAUAAAUCGUUUUUGCCAAGUUCCUGAUACGUUCAAGCUAAAUACGCGCUCCUGAUAUAUGAAAACUUGAUUUGUAUAAAUUUUCAUUUUUAUCACUAUCUCUAUCUACUAUUCAAUAUUGUCUAUACUAUCUGAUGGAAAUAAAAAACAAAAAAAAAGGAGUACUAUUAAAUUAUGUAUGCACUUCUUAAGAGAGAAAAAAGUAACGUCUCUGAUGAAUAACUAGUCUGUCUGGCUUAACAUAUCGACAUGAGAGGGGGGGAGGGGGGUCGAGCUCUUGUUAAUAAAAUUUAUUUCAAAAGACAA